AUGACUUGGAUGGUGAUUAUCAGCGAUGCAAAGGUGGACAGGCGGGCUUAUUUUCAUGACCACCGAUGGUGGCAAGUGGAGGAGGGUUCGCGGCUCUCCUCGAAUAUGCCUGUUGCACAUGUUCCGCGAAUAGCUUUACGAAAUCGGUUACGCAAAGGCUUGUACACAAGCACCAGCGUCUCACGGCGAAAGUACACCCUCUCGUGCGUUUCUGCCCCGGAAUGGCCAUCGUCGCUUCGUGCAGCUCGAUCCAUGGUCGCCACGGGCAGCGUCAUGCAGUCGUCCUGCUCGCACGUCGUGAUCUGUGGGAGGCUAAUGUGCAUGACAAGUCGCCGCGUCGCGCUCCCUCCGAAUCCCGACCGAUCUAAAUUACGCUUCCCGUCCAAGCACACCGUCGUGGACAAUUAUAUGACGCAUAUGCCAAAUAUCUACGCCUUCACCUUGCAGUCGCCCUUGACUCUGUCUACUUCGUCUCAGAACUGCGCGCGUUUCGAUGCACGGGGGGUGUUGGGCACUCGUCGAGGCAACUGCUAG